ACGAACAAUAUUUUCUUGAGGUUGCUUCACCAAUGUCUUUCAUUCUGAGUCUAUUAAGAAACAUGCUGGCGUAUUUUGGUGUUCCCGUAGACCAGGAUCUGCUGAUUUGUCAAAAUAAAAACUACGGGUCAGCUCGGAGUAUUGUUCGUAUUAUUGGGAGAAUGAUUCCUUUAGAGCCUUGCCGAAGACCUCGUUUUGAGUUGACCCCACACGUGAACUCUAAGGAGGCUGAUGAUUGUGUACUUACGGUUCCAUCUUUUGCUGAUGUUUUGUGUGUGGCAAAUGAUGAAGAGGCCAGUUAUCUUAGAUUUCGACAUAAUAUAUGGAAUAAGAAGCAAGAGGGGAAGAUUGCUCCUUUUCAUCCAUCGUUCCCUGCUCUCAGACAGAACGAAACAGCAGCAGAUGACCUGCCUGGAAGCGAAGCUGCCAUGAAGAUAGCUGCCCUGGAGGGCGAGCUGACCUUGCUCCGGGCUCAGAUUGCUGCCCUUGUGGCAGUGCGGGACCUGAGAGAGAGCAGAGAGACUGGCUUCAUUGACCUGACUGAUGGACCCAGCAUGGAGCAAGUGCCACCAUCUUCAGCGAUCACUGGGCUGAGUGUGGAACCAGACCAUGUUCCAAGUGUGGUACCUCUUCUUCCUCCUUCUCUUCCUCCUCCUCCUCCUUCUCUUCCUCCUCCUCCAUUUUCUCUGCAGCCUCCAAGUGCUCUUCCUAUGCAACCUGGAUCUGCUAAUACGCGUGACAUAGAUAAUCUGGCCACUGAAACGAAAAGGCAACUCUCCGAUGUUAAGAUGACCAAUGAUAGCCAUCAUUCAAACAGCCAGAGAGUCGGUGAUGUUCCAAACAUGCUGGAUGUUCUAAAGGAUAUGAAUAAGGUCAAACUUCGGCCUGUGGAGAGGUCACCAGGUGGUAGACCCAUUCAGAAGAGGAAAAGACAGAGUUCACAAUGGGAUCCAGUGUCUUUAAUAUCUAAUGCCCUGAAGCAGAAGUUUGCAUUUCAAGAUGAUUCCUUUGACAAAGAAAAUAGGUCUUGGGAGUGUUCUCCAUUUUCUAGUCCAGAAGCUUCAAGGUUUUGAUGUCACAUUUCUCCAACAGAAAGCCAGCGACCUAAGGGAAGGAGUGAUAAUAUAAAAGCAGUUACCCAGGGUGUCAGAAGCAAAGGCUGUGCUCACACUUGGAAGGACAGAUCCAGAUGUGCUGUGUGGACCUUCACUGCCUGUCAGAGAAUUACCACCUCUGUUAGGGUGAUACGUAAGCUGUACUCUGGGACCUAUUCCCGCCCAGCCCGAGGAAGACACUUAUCUGGCUACUGGAGAGAGUUGGGUGUAUAGAUUCCCCACUUUAUCUGGCUAUUGGAGAGAGUUGGGUGUAUAGAUUCCCCACUUUGUGCGAGCGCUACUGAAAAUGAAAUACAUGGUUCAGUGAGUUUCCUAGAAUUAUGGCUUCCUACUGAGGCUCCUUUCAGUCUUGUGAGUUGUAUGAUAUGGUUCAUUUGGCCUUCAGCGACUUGCAGAUUUUAUUAAGAUAGUCAAAGUUUUAGUCAUGUAGAGUUGAACUUUCUAAAACUUCCUGAGGUAAUAAAUUAUUUGACUGUAAAGUACUGUAAGUAGAAAUAGACCCUUGAUAAGUUCCAUCCACACUGGGUUUGCAUACACAGAUAGACAGCUGGCGUGUUCCCUUGAUAAGUUUCAUGCACACUGUUUUUGUACAUAGACAGCUGAUGUGUUCCCUUGAUAAGUUUCAUGCACACUGGCUUUGUACACAGACAGCUGGCGUGUUCCCUUGAUAAGUUUCAUGCACACUGGCUUUGUACACAGACAGCUGGCGUGUUCCCUUGAUAAGUUUCAUGCACAAUGGCUUUGUACACAGACAGCUGGCGUGUUCCCUUGCUAAGUUUCAUGCACACUGGCUUUGUACACAGACAGCUGGUGUGUUCCCUUGCUAAGUUUCAUGCACACUGGUUUUGUACACAGACAACUGAUGUGUUCCCUUGAUAAGUUUCAUGCACACUGGCUUUGUACACAGACAGCUGGCGUGUUCCCUUGAUAAGUUUCAUGCACACUGGCUUUGUACACAGACAGACAGCUGGCGUGUUCCCUUGAUAAGUUUCAUGCACACUGGCUUUGCACACAGACAGCUGGUGUGUUCCCUUGCUAAGUUUCAUGCACACUGGUUUUGUACACAGACAACUGAUGUGUUCCCUUGAUAAGUUUCAUGCACACUGGCUUUGUACACAGACAGCUGGCGUGUUCCCUUGAUAAGUUUCAUGCACACUGGCUUUGCACACAGACAGCUGGCGUGUUCCCAUUGUUCUUUAUUAUGUUUGAACCCUAUUUUUUUUGUUUGUUUUUUUGUAAGUGUAUUAUAAAAUAAAUGGAUCUUUUGAACUUGGUUG